AUGAGCCAAUAUGCACCAUUUAUACUGAAAGAUUUCAUAUUUGAAUACUUGAGCUACAUAUUUAAACUGAUCCCUGGUCAAGAAACCUGCAAAAAACAAUUGAAGAUCUGUAUAGAUGUUGAGCAUGCAAAAUGCAGCAUAUGCUUGAAUAUAUGGCAUGAUGUUAUCACUAUUGCUCCUUGCCUUCAUAACUUCUGCAACGGAUGCUUUUCUGAGUGGUUAGAGAGGUCACAGAAGAAACAUUCAAGAGUUUUAUGCCCCCAGUGUAGAGCUGUUGUACAAUUUGCUGGAAGAAACCCAUUUCUGCGCAAUAUUGAGGAGGAGAUCCUGCAAGCGGAUCCUUCUUUAAAAAGUUCAAAUGAAGAAAUUGCACUUAUAGACUCUUAUGCGACGAUAAGAUCAAAUCUUGUCAUUGGGACUGAAAGAGGUAGUCAAAGGAAAAGGGGUCCGGCAUUUGUUAGUGAUGAAUAUGAUAGUGAAGAAAGUGAUGACGAAGGACCUCAAUGCCCUCAAUGUGGCUCUGAAAUUGGUGGGUUUCAAUGCAACCAGCAAACAAUCCAUUUACAAUGUCAAAAUUGUGGUGGAAUGAUGCCUUCUAGGGCCGAUACACAUGUACCACAACAUUGUUCAGGAUGUGAUGGAACAUUUUGUGGUGCAUAUUGGCACGCUCAAAGGGUUACCAGAGGUGAAUUUUAUCCUGUGUGCAAUCAUGAAACAUUUAGACCGAUUUCUCAACACACAAUCACUAGGAUUCCUUUCUUGGCACACGAAAUGAACAGACAAGAACAAGAUAUCACGGAAAGGUGUAUUAGACAGUAUGAAAGAUAA